AAAGAUUCGGUGCACCAUCUGAUGUUGCCAUCUUCUUGCUGGGUGGAUAAAAUACCAAUUUAACCCAUCACAGGCUUUACAAUGCAGCCCAUAAUUGGAGACAUUGUUUGCCCUCUCGUGGCAACGUAGUUGUUUUUGUCAGUGUGGGAACAGGGCGAACCUAUUAUUAGGCAGAUGGGAUAAAUAUAUACCUCUGUGCGCGAGCGUAGCGCAGCCAUCGGUUCACCAGGAAGUCUCAUGUCAGGCUGCACAUCAAAGGAACACGUGCCUGUCCUCAUCUCAUCUAAACCAUGGGGUCAUUCCGAAAGCCCAGGCCCCGUUUCAUGAGCUCGCCUGUGCUGUCCGACCUCGCCCGCUUUCAUGCCAGCUCGCCAGCAAUGCAGCUGUCCAAUGCUAGUGUUUGGAACAGUGUUCAAACAGCUGUAAUUAAAGUCUUCCAAGGUGGGGGGCUACAGGCCAAUGAGCUCUACACCCUGAAUGAAAGCAUAAGAUGGCUUUUGAGGACCGAGCUGGGAUCAUUUAUCACUGAAUACUUUCAGGAUCAGCUCUUGAAUAAGGGUCUGACGUAUAUUUUGGAGAAGAUUCAGCUUCAUAACGAUGAGACUCGUCUCCAAGCGCUGUCUGAGAUGUGGGUGAGGUUUUUCACAGACAUCCUGCCAACUCUUCAAGCUAUUUUCUACCCUGUGCAGGGUCAGGAGUUGACUGUGAGGCAAAUGGCUCUGCUAGGCUUCAGGAACAUGGUUCUGUUGAAGCUUCCAGUGGACAACAUGUUUCAGGGCUCCUCAUUUCCUCCUCCAAUCACACAGAUGCUGCUGAUCCUGCAGGGCAUUCAUGAACCUAAUGGACCUACGCAAGAGUAUUUCCGGCUCGAAAGGCUAGUGGACAUGGUUAUAUCUCCCUACCUGAGUAACUACCUCUACAUGAACCCAAGCGAUUCCUCUUCAGAGGAUCAUCUGGAAGGCCUGAGGUUGGUUGCCACUCCACACCUCAGUCAACCUGAGAUUAUGGUGACACAUUUCGCCCACGAGUCUUUCCUGGCACCUCUAAUCGAACACGAGGGUGAAGCCUAUUUGGAAAGGACCGCUGGUGUCCGACGUCACACAGUCGCCAAUGUGAAUUCAGACAUCCAGCUCCUCUCCAUGAAAAACAGGAUGUGUUCAGAAAAAGUGGAGGUCAGUGGGGCGGCCAGGAUGACCAAGACGGAGAGCAAAAGGACACCUAAGACUUUCUGCAGUGAGCCAGCCUUUAUUGACUCACGGCCAGGUGGUGUGGAAAUCCUUCGAGGGCAAAGCACUGCAGAGAUGAAGUGUGGCCUAACUAGUUAAAAAAAGCCUCUCUCACGAUCUCAAAACACCCACUGAGAUCUUGUUAAGUUACGAUAACUGAGACAAGCCAGAACGUGUUUGUUUAAUACAACAUGGACUCUACUGCUGUGGAAAUGUGAGCUGUGCUGUGUGCUAAAUACUGUUUGGCCUGUCAGUGUAGCCUGUUUUUAAGAGCUUGGAGGGUGGAGGUCGGUUGAAGAAGCUUUCGCUUCAGCCGUUUCUUGUAAAGUACGCCAAAAGUCACACUUUUUUUCUGUCGUGGAGGUGGUUAAAGCGGUGCGAAAGUAUGCUGGUGAGCAAAAAGUUUACAAAGGUACAGCAAAACCCAUACUGAGACAAACUAAUGACACUUCCUUACAAUCAAUGUCUUUACAUUCUCUUUCUCAAGCGGUCUUACCGUUUCAUUUCUUUGUAGUGGAAACUAAACAUGCUGACAUGAAGAAAAAGAAGAUUUUUAGUCUUUUAUGAGUGUUUUGUUUUAUUUUAUGAAAUUUUAAUAUUUAAAAAAAUGUAAUUUAAAAUAAUUAAAAAAGAAACUGAAUUCAAUGUGUGUGUGUAAAAUAAUGUAUAUUUUUGUAGUAAUAAAUUUA